UAAUAAUGAAUCUGCACUACUUCUUCUUGUGGCCCUGCUUCUGCCUGCUGCUGCUGCAAACGCUAUGCAAGUUUGCUUUGGUUGCUCAUGGCCUCGGGUGCAACUGGGGAACACGCGCUACACAUCCAUUGCCGCCCGACACAGUUGUUCAGCUAUUGAAGGACAACGGCUUCAACAAAGUUAAACUCUUUGAAGCUGAGCCUGAGGCACUCAAGGCUCUUGGUAAUUCCGGGAUCCAGGUUAUGCUUGGUAUCCCUAAUGAGUUCUUGGCACCACUUUCUAGCAGCGUUAGGGUUGCUGAGGAUUGGGUUCAGCAAAACGUCUCCUCUUAUGUUUCUAAAUACGGUGUGGACAUAAGGUACGUAGCUGUUGGUAAUGAACCGUUUCUGAGUUCUUACAAGAACACCUACCAAGACAUCACCUUUCCGGCGCUCAAAAAUAUCCAAGCCGCCCUCAUAAAAGCCGGACUGGCGAGACAAGUGAAAGUCACCGUCCCAUUUAACGCCGACGUUUACCAAAGCCAAAGCAACCUCCCAUCGGGCGGCGACUUCCGGUCAGACAUACAUUCACUCAUGGUUUCCAUCAUCAAAUUUCUCAGCGACAAUGGUUGCCCACUUGCCAUCAACAUCUAUCCUUUCCUCAGCCUCUACGCUGAUCCAAACUUCCCCUUCGAUUUCGCUUUCUUCCCCAACAACACCACUACUAGCGCUUCUAUUCCGCUGGUGGACGGAUCCAUCACCUACACCAACGUCUUCGAAGCAAAUUACGACACCCUCAUCUGGGCUCUCGAAAAGAAUGGAUUCCCUUCCAUGCCAGUCAUCAUCGGUGAGGUGGGAUGGCCCACCGACGGCCAUCCCAAAGCCAACCUCGACAAUGCCCGCAGGUUCAACCAAGGCCUAGUCGAUCGUAUCGUCCAGGGACGGGGUACCCCAAAACGGCCCAGCCCGGCCCCCGAUGUAUACCUCUUCGGUCUAAUCGACGAGGACGCCAAGAGCAUCCAGCCGGGCAAUUUCGAGCGUCACUGGGGCAUCUUCUACUACGAUGGAACCGUGAAAUACAAACUGGACUUGGGUCAUGGUAAGAGCUUGGUCCCGGCCAAGGGAGUCAAGUAUCUGGCAAGGCAGUGGUGCGUGAUGUCACCUGGUGCAAGCAGUGUAGACCCAAACCUGGUCCCAAGCAUCAACUACGCUUGCACCUAUGCGGAUUGCACCAGCCUUGGUUACGGAUCUUCCUGUGGUGGGCUGGAUGCGAGGAGCAACGCGUCGUAUGCAUUCAACAUUUAUUAUCAGACGGCAAACCAGCAGAAGGGGGCAUGUCAAUUCAAUAACCUGUCGGCUAUUACAACCGUAGAUCCAUCUCAGGAUACAUGCCGUUUUGAGAUAAUGAUCGACAUCGGGAAGCAUGAGCGCCCUAAGAAUCAGAGCCCCACUACUACUUCUUCUUCUUCGGCAGCAACUAUUGAUCAUCUUCUUCAAAACCGGCUGCUGAUUCUUUUCUUCUUCAUCAUCGUCUUCUCCGUCAUGACAUAG